CCUCUGUUUCUCCUUCGCCACUUUCUGUCUUCCUCUCCAUCCUCCCUGUCCUCUGCGCUCUCUCUCUCUCUCUCUCUCUUCCUGCUGCUUUCACUGCAUUUCUCCCCUCUGGCUUUAGACCUUUGAGUGCAGAUUUCUCUGUACACCUUUUUGGAUUUGUGCUUCAAUCCUCUGGCGUUUGGCCUUUCGGGAAGGCCGCUCGCGAGCUGAGCACGUUUCUCUCUUCUUUUCUUCCUUUUUUUUUUCUUGUCUUUUAUUGUUUUAUCCGUAGCCCCGAUUUCCUAUGAGGAUCUAGCAACAGCUUUUUGUUUUUUUUGUUCUUAAUCAAGAAAAUGCCACGUUCCUUUUUGGUGAAGCAACCGAAGGUUCACGAUUUCUCGUCUUCCAACUAUUACCACCAGCAGCACUGGGACGACUCGCACACCGUCACGCAUGCCAUCACAGAGUCCGCCACCAACUUGGCGGUGCGCUUGAGCGAAAACGGAUACAUCCACGAUUACAUCAUCCCGUCAGUGCUGCAGGCCACAAAGGAGCCGGGUCAUGAGCAGACCGGGCUCUCCUCGCUGCCCCUGUACUCCCCGGGUGGCAGCGGCGGGGAGGAGUUCUCCGACCACGACAUGGAGCACCCGGACAGUCCCGUCUCCAGCGGCACGGCGGAGUCGGACGCCAGCAGCCCCGGGCUGGAGUCGUGCGGCAUCGGCGCCUUCCUCGUCUCCGACGGACGCUCCCGCCGGAGGCCCGGCCGGAGGCGUCCCCGCAAGGGGGGCAGCCGGUCGGACAGCAGCGAGGGCGUCAGCUCGCCAGACCGCAGCCCCGUGAAGGGGAAACCCAAAGGCCGCUACGUGUGCAGCGAGUGCGAAAAGUCCUACGCCACGUCCUCCAACCUGAGCAGACACAAGCAGACUCACCGCAGCCUGGACAGCCAGCAGGCCCGGAAGUGCCCCACCUGCCACAAGGUGUACGUGUCCAUGCCGGCGCUGGCCAUGCACAUGCUGACCCACGACCUGAAGCACGAGUGCACGGUGUGCGGCAAAGCCUUCAGUCGGCCCUGGCUCCUGCAGGGCCACAUGAGGUCCCACACCGGGGAGAAGCCGUUCGCAUGCGCCCACUGUGGCAAGGCCUUCGCAGACCGCUCCAACCUGCGCGCCCACAUGCAGACGCACUCGGCCUUCAAGCACUACUCCUGCAAGCGCUGCUGCAAGAGCUUCGCCCUCAAGUCCUAUCUGAACAAGCACUACGAGUCGGCGUGCUUCAAGGGGCAGCAAGCGGAGGACGACUGCAGCUCUGAGGACUGAUGGCCAUGCAUUCCUCUUUUUCAUUUCUAUUUAUACGCUUUUUAAUAGUUCAUACAAAGAAAGUCAGAGAAAAGCUUCUUCUCGGGCUUUCACCUGCAUGCAUCGUAAUCCUGCCUUUUGAUAUAAGCAAUAACCUCACUUGAAAUUAUUCAGGAAUUAUGUAUGAAAUUCACAAGUAUAGAAUAUUUUAUAUUAUUUUUUAUAAAUUGAAAUUGCAAUAAUUUAAAUGCCAGUAUUAUUUUAUAUGCCAACGAGCUCUUAAUUUACCUCAAACAUAUCUUGUGCGUUUACAAAAAGUAUUUGUGUAUUUAUUAAUUUAUUUAACUAUUUAUUUGUCAAUUCGGAAGAUUAUUUAUUUAUUAUUGGUUGAUGUAUUUGUGAAUUUAACAUGGGUUCAUGAAAAGCUGUGUAUUGGAUUCGUUGAAAACAAAAGCCAAAAUAUAUUCUGACACCCUAUAUUUCUCUGUCUGAUCAAUUUGGUGAUGACAAUAAAACGGAUUGAAAAAAUAA